GUCGGUUAAGGGUAACCUUCACGAAAAAUAUACGAGUAGUGUAUAGAGUUGUAGUAUAUGAAUUAAGCAAAUCACAUUUCUGCUCGUGUAAUCCUUCUGGCAUAUUCUUUGUCGGGAUUAAUACUCAUCUUUGUGUGAAACAGGCAUAAUUCAGAAUGGCUGACUCAACAGAAAAUCAGGAGAACGCAGGUUCAGGGAACACAGGCACUGCUGGAGGGGAACCCCCACGUCAGGGAAACCCAGUGUUGGGACACAUGAUGGGGAACAAAGUGGAAGCAGGUCUUUGGUUCACCAGGAUCUUCACCGUGAUCUGCACUUUCCUCUACAUAUUGCCUUUCUUUGGUGGCAACCCAUACAGCUUUUACCAGAGGGCUCUCAUCAGCAGCGUGGCAUCCAGCGCACUUCGCCUCCAUCAGCGGAUCCCAACAGUGCAGUUCUCCCGGGAGUUCCUGGGCCGGUUGUUCAUGGAGGACAGCUGCCACUAUCUCCUCUUCUCCAUCAUCUUCAUCAACAGUUUCCCCAUCACCAUGGCUUUGUGUCCAGUGUUCCUGUUUGCCUUGCUGCACGCAUGUUCCUACACCAAGACAAUCCUCAACCUCAUGGGACCAAGCUCAAUGCAGUUUUUGAGGAACAUGAUCACCAAGCUGGAGGCUCAGCAGAUCAACAUUCUCCGCUUCAUCGCAUGUAACGAAAUCUUCCUCAUGCCAGCUAUCAUUCUGAUGAUCUUCAGUGGCAAGUCCAGCCUCAUCCUGCCAUUUGUGUACUACCGUUUCCUGUCACUGAGAUAUUCCUCCAGGAGAAACCCCUAUUGCAGGACGCUGUUCACAGAGCUGCGUAUGAUGGUGGAGUACGUGUGCAACAAGCCCCAGUGCCCAGCAUUCUUCCGCAACAUCUGCUACAAGGGUAUCUCGAUUGUCGGCCGCCUCGCACCAGCUGUAGCCCAAGCUCAGUGAUGGAGCAGGUGUAGUGGUUGUCAACGGUCAAUAUCUGUAUGUGCUGCGCAGAUCUCAGUGAGAUUGUGAACUGAUUGGGUGUGUUGUGUUGUGGAAGUUGCUUUUGAUUGGAAACAAAUAAGAAAUGGGUCAGUUUGUUCUGUGACCAUGGGACCUGAUCCCACUAUGCUGAACAAAACAAGUUAAGGAACAUGAAUAUUUUGUGUGUUAUAUUUAAGAAAUUGCUAGCUCAGUCUUUGCUUCUAAAUAUUAUCCCCCAAAAUAUUCAUGAUCACUAACGUAUCCUGCUCAGUAUGUGUCAAUUCCAUUGUUUAGAUGAGAGUAUAACUUCAUUAUCUUGAGCCUGGUGAACUAUGAUAUUCAGUCAAUUAGGCUUUGGAGGUCAAGGAUUCGAAGGAAAACCAGACUGACUCUCCAUGCUAUAAGGGGGCGGUGGGGUAGCCUAGUGGUUAAAGACCCGGGUUUGAUUCCCAACAUGGGUGCAAUGUGUGAAGCCCAUUUCUGGUGUACCCCGCCGUGAUAUUGCUGGAAUAUUGCUACAAGCGACUUAAAACUAAACUCACUCACUCCAUCCUUCAAAAAAAAUUAGUCGAGGUACACAGAUGUUCUCUGAAUUCUGAAAUUCCUUACUUUCACUCUUUGACAAAACUUCCUGAAGUGUAUUCAUCGUAAUGAUAGCUUGCAACAGUUUGGUGUAUGUACAACAGGGACAGAGGGCACAACCAUUGGCCAUGCCAGAAAGGUAGUGGAAUGCCGAAGCAACAGAAAGAUGUCACAGACGGUUUUAUUGAUUUCUAUUUUGACAAUGACCUAACUUUAGACCAAAGUUUUUUGCUCAACCUUUCAAAUGCGAACUCUAAUUCUGGUAUAAUAUUUAUCCAUUUCAAACUGUCAUCACCGACACUGUGUAUUCUUAUACAUGUAACUGCUACAUGUCCAAUGAUUGGAGGGUAGCUCUGUGGAUAAAGUGUGUACUCACACCGAAGACCUAGGUUUGAUUCUCUACAAAGGUACGAAGUGGGAAGCCCAAGUCUUUUGUACCCUGUCAAAAUAUUGCUGGAAUGUUCCUAUAAGCUGUGUAAAACCAUACUCACUCUCUCACAAACACCGAGUACUGAUGAGACUUAACAACUGAUGCAGUCUGACAGGUUCAAUGUAUUCGAGGGGCAGUGGGGUAGUCUAGUGGUUAAGGCGUUGGCUUGUCACGCUGAAGACCCGGGUUUAAAGCCCAUUUCUGGUGUCCCCUACCGUGAUAACACUGGAAUAUUGCUAAAACCUGCAUAAAACUAUACUUAUUGUGUCAUGAUGUGAUACUGUGCGAUACUGUAUCAGUGCUUGGUGUCAUGACAUUCGUAUCUUGAUAUAUAUCCGCCAUACUGUAUUGUACCACCACUGACCACAUGACUAUGUACUGUAGAAAAGACACAUUGUUGCUUUUUCAUUCUGAAUAGAUCCUUCAAAUAAAGUGUACAGACCAAAUAUGCUUGGUUUUUGUGUGAAAUGUAAAAAUGUUUGUUCAAAGAUCUCCAAUAUUUAAUAUUUUUAAGUAUGUUAGAUAUUUGUUUUUACACAUCGUUAAACCUGAAUGGUUUCUUCUGUACUUCACCAGAUCAUCUUGGUAGUAUAUUGAUGACAUCUUGUCUUAUGUUUUCAAUAAAUUCAAACUAACAAAUGUAUAUAUUAAGAGACAUAAAAAAUAAUAUGUAUAGAUGAAUUGGAUUAAUUUUUUUGUGUAUAUCUGCCUUAAUAUGUUCUUUAAAUUGGGUAUGGAAUAGGUGUGAUGUUUAACUUGCCAUAUUAAACAUAUUUAAUUAAGUAUUAUUAAGUUGGGCACUUCCAAGAGGUUCAUAAUUGCAAUGUUUGAAAAUAAUAGAAAUUUGAAAUGACAUGGAAAGACUUUCCAUCUGAAGUAUGCCAUGCAUGAUCGCUCUCUCCGUCAAACAGGUUCCCCUAUUUCCUAAACCACUGAUCAGCCAGCAUACAUGAGAUACAGAUUUGUUUAUUAUGACAUAUGUACGAAGUUGAAGAGUAAGUUAUACUUACUGUUGUGCAUGAAUUUACAAGAAUGACCAGACUUCAUAUUUACUCAGAGUGAAUGUUUUUCAUAAUAUUUGUAUGAAAGCUGUUUAUGUAAAACUUAUAAUGUGCAGCAGUGUAAAAGAUCGGAGAUAAACAUAUACUCUGUUUUUCUUAUGCUGUCUGGAGUCAUGUUUGUAUGCAGAUUCUCUUUGUAUUCCACAUUUUUGCUUUGUGUUUUACUUAUUCUUCACCUUUCCUUUGUGUCUGUGGACUGUAUGUUGAACAUUUCUUGAAAAUGUGACUUGCAUUGAAUCCGUUAGCUAAUCCUAAUCCAUUGUAAUCCAUGGUCAUCAUCUGGAUUUAUCUUCACUGAGAGGAUUAUCCCCCAUGAUGAGGUGUUUGUAUGUAAAGUUCUAUAUUUAUUUUGUUGAAUCCAACCAUUUAAAUCCUUGUGUGACUCUAUUCACAACUGGAAGGGCUGCUCUAUGGCCCCAAAUAGUCAUACUUCAUCCAUUAAUGCAUUUGUUCAUAAACCAGUAUAUCCAUCUUAUCUCUUUACACAUGAUUCCUGUAAUGUCUUUUAUUUGAGAAGGUUUACAAGACCAACCAAGAGAGAAAUAUUUAGAUUUUAAAUAGUCAUAUAUAUAUAUAUUUUUAUAUGACUAUGACUUUAACAGCAAAAGUUUGGCUCAAUUUUUGACAAUUAGGUGGAAUAGAAACAAACAUGGCAUUUGUUUUAAAGCUUCUAAAAAUCUUUAUUUCGAGACACAAAAAUACACGAGUUAUAUUUGGGUAUAAGUUUUCUUUCUGUAUCAGUUAUCAAUUGUAAUUCUGAAAAAAAAAUAAUUCCAAACCACCUACUUUAAAUUUUAAGCUGAAAUUGGGUGAAUCACAUAAUAAAAUAAAUGUGUUAUGAUGCUUUAAGAGUGUGACCAAUAUAAGAAUGUGCCCUGUAUGUGUGUUGUUGCUAGUAUAAGGAGUUCUCAUGCCGCUAGUUACUAAUGUUCUUGUUACCAUGAAGAAAGUAAAACGCAGCUGUAGGCUGAAGCAUAGUCAGAAUUUCAAGGUGAAGUUUCUAUGCCGACUUACCAAAGGAAGACUGAUUCAAACAUCACUCCAACCAAAUGUUAUCACUAAGCUUGAUGUCACUGCAAGAUAGCAUCAAUCUGGACACACUCAAACUCAGAACAUACUCCACCCUUUUGAUAAUAGUUUUCAGCAAGCCUUUGAAUGGCAUUUAGAAGUAAUACACAUGAAGGGGGAACUUUAUGGAUGUCAAUUUCUGUAGUGAAGAACACAACGUUUAAGAGUACACAUAUAUUCUUAUUCCAUUUGGGUAAGGAACACAGCAGUUUGAAGUAUAUUCUUGCUCCAUCAGUUGAAGAGCGUGACAUUUCAGACUGUAUUCUGAUGAAAGCUGAAGGAUUGUAUUCCAAAAAUGUUAUGUUCUUCAUAUUACAUAAGGUGAUAUUCAUUAAUUUCAUCCUUUAACAAUUUUCAUGUUGUGCCUAUUCGUAAGAAGUAUAGAUAGAGUUGAUGUUUAAACUUCAGUUUAAAAAUGUGGCAUAUUUUUUAAUCCAGAAGUUUAUUUGUACAAAGUUUAGCAGAAAAUGUCUUUGUUGCUUCUUGCUCUUGUAUUUCUUUCAUAUUUCCUUGUCAAGUUUAGAUGUAUGUAUCUGUUAAAUUGCUAAGUAUACUUCAAGGACAGACAAGCCUUAGUUGCAGAUUUGCAUUUUGCAAAAGAAAACAGUUAUUUGUAUCUAAAUAUUGUUUCAAAUUGUCAACCCUGAUUGGCUAGAAUUUAUUGGUCCAACAGUAAACAACAAAUACAGAGUUAUUAACAAUACAGUACACAUAAACUAACCAGUCACCACAGGUGUAAAUAUGUAUUGGAAUACAAAUAAUUGCAGCCAGUCCUAAGUAUUGCUGGAGUUAACAUUAGGUGUCCAUCUGGUUGACUAUCAGUUUGUGGUAAAAGUUCAAAGAUAUGGAUAUUGUGUCAGGGCUCUUCAAUACUGAUUUGUGAGAUUAUGUUUAUCAAUAAAAUGGAUUCCAAACAUUG